ACAAAAAUGUUUAUUAACGUUACUAAUAGUCCAUUAAAAAUAAUAUUUAAAACGUUGAUUUUAUUGGCAACCUUCGACAUAUUCAUUCACUAUGUCUAAAAAUAUAAGAAAUAUUUAUGAUAAACCUUACAAAGUUAUACCAGAUAAUAAUGAUUAUAACGAUCAUAGCGACAGUUUACCAGGGACUUCUAAACCUGUACAUGUACAAAGAGUUGAAAAAGCUUUAGAUUUGACUCUGUUUUUACAAAACAUCAAUAAGGUUUCAAAUAGCAGUGAUAGUGAUGACUCUGAUGACAUAACCAACAUCAAUGACAUCAAUUCAGAGUCAAUACUUAAAGAUUCAGAACCAAACUGCACGAAGGACUUCUACAAUUUCAAAUUGGUGUCAAACAAUAGGAAAUGGCUAGCAGAUAUUUUGCAAGAGAACUCUGACACAUCACCAGAUACACAGUACAAAUUAAUCACCCGGUAUCAUGCUUAUCAGAAGCGUUUGAGGCAAACGAAAGAGAAUGUGGACAAUUAUAUGUUUUAUGGGGCCGGUUUAAUAAGCACAGUCGAUCAUUAUCCAGAAAUAGAAAGAAAUUUGCCAGCCAGGACAAAUGAUUUUGAGGAGUCAAACUAUGUAUCUCAAAAAGAUGAAAACAUAUUGGGAAUGGAAAUGGAAAAUGGAAUGGACUACCAACAUAUGGAUGAAGAUGACUCUAAUAUUAAUUCAGACGUUGGCUCAGUCCCUCCAUCACUAUCAUCACAUUCACAUACUGCAACCAAGAAAAAGGCUAAGAAAUUUAAAGAUGAGGAGUCCAAAAAGAAAUGGGAGGAUAUUAUGGCCACUAAGAGGAGGAAACUGUUUACUAGCAUGGUGAAAAAGGAAAUAGGCAAACAACACAGAGCUAAAAUAAAUCGUCAUAAGGAAAUGUUGAUACAAACUAAGAGAGUAGCCCAACAGUGCGUCAAAUAUGGAAGACAAAAAGCUUUACAAUCAGCGAGAACGGUGAAAGAACAGCCGUGGAGAAUGAAGAGAUUAUCCAGGGAGAACAUCGCCUAUUGGAAGAGAUCCAGGAGGUUCGACCGAGAGGUCAAAAAACGCUUGGAAAAAGAAGCGGAGGAACAGAGAAAGAUCGACCACGAACUCGUCGAAGCCAAGAGACAGCAAAGAAAGCUGAAUUUCCUGAUAACACAGACCGAAUUGUACGCCCACUUCAUGUCGAAAAAACUGGGCACCGCCUCGCCGGAGGAACAGCUUAGAAUUUUAAGCCAGUUGGACGAGGAGUCCGCGGUUAAACUUCCCACCGACGAUUACGACAGCGAAAUGAUGAAGGAGAAGGCGAAGAGGAACGCACAGGAAGCGUUUCAGAACGAGAAAGCCCGCACGAAACACUUCGACAUGCAGGCGAACUCGACUGUUGAGGAGACUGACACGGAAACUGAGCAGCCUCAGCCGGACAUAUUCAGAGGGAAGCUCAAGGGUUAUCAGCUCAGGGGCAUGAACUGGUUGGCCAACCUGUAUUCGCAGGGGAUCAGUGGAAUAUUGGCGGACGAGAUGGGACUUGGAAAGACUGUGCAGAGCAUCGCGUUCUUGUGUCAUAUUGCUCAAAAGUACUCUGUUUGGGGUCCGUUUUUAAUAAUAUCGCCAGCGUCCACGUUACACAACUGGCAACAAGAAAUUGCGAAGUUCGUGCCGGACUUUAAGGUGGUGCCCUACUGGGGGAAUCCCCAUGAAAGGAAGAUCCUUCGGCAGUUCUGGGACCAAAAGGACAUCUAUACCAAAGACGCCAGUUUUCACAUUGUUGUAACCAGCUAUCAAAUAGUCAUCACCGAUAUUAAAUACUUCAACAGGAUAAAGUGGCAAUAUAUGAUACUAGAUGAAGCUCAGGCCAUCAAGAGUACAAGCAGUAUGAGGUGGAAAACGUUAUUGGGUUUCAGCUGCAGAAAUCGAUUGCUUCUCAGUGGUACACCCAUACAAAACAGUAUGGCUGAGUUGUGGGCAUUACUCCAUUUCAUUAUGCCCACAUUGUUUGACUCCCAUGAAGAGUUUAACGAGUGGUUUUCGAAGGAUAUUGAAAGCCACGCAGAAAAUAAAACAGGAAUUGAUGAAAAGCAUUUAUCUCGACUACAUAUGAUUUUAAAACCGUUCAUGUUGAGGAGGAUUAAAAAAGAUGUAGAGAACGAAUUGUCUGAUAAGAUUGAAGUUAUGGUAUACUGUCCUUUGACCACAAGACAGAAUUUGUUGUAUGUAGCGUUGAAACGGAAAAUCAAAAUCGAAGAUUUGCUGCAUUACACUGUGGGCGGUGGAGACUCCCAUGCUGUUGACAAAAGCUUCACUUCCAAUUUGAUGAAUUUAGUCAUGCAAUUUAGAAAAGUGUGUAAUCAUCCGGAGCUGUUUGAAAGGAGGGACGCAAAAUCACCAAUUAGAGUGUCCAAUCUUUUUUAUAACGUUCCUUAUUUAGUGUAUGAUUUUAAUGUGAGAAAACUGUUAAAUUUAAAACUGCAGAAAUGGUUUUUGUUCACUUCUGAAUAUAUUGCACAUGCAGUUAGGGAUUAUUUUGAAAGUACUAUAUUUAAUUUUUGUUUCUCUUUAAAUUUAUCUUUUAACGAAUUGUACAAAAUUUUUAAUGGUGAUAUUUUACAAAGAUGGAACCACUACUUUAAUACGGAAAAAGAAGAUAAUUUGUUAUAUCACAGGAGUUUCUAUGACGAUUACAACGAAGGUCCUAGUAUUCGUUUGAGACACAACUUUAAAAUGUCCAAACCACACAUAGAAAACAGUAUUUUAGAAAACUUGGUAUUUACUAGGAAUAACUGUGGAAGUCGAGUCAUAUAUACGUUUAGUGAUCAUUAUUAUCAUUCAAUGGCUGAAACUGUAGAACAUAAAAACAUUAGAGCUAAGCAUGGGGGUGUUAAACAGGAGGACGAGACUAACGUCGACAAUGAAAGUAGUAACAACAACGGACAGUUAAAGACCCUGCCUGAUUUUGAAUACAAACCACGGCCAAGUCAAGUGUUCAAAUGCGAAAAGACUGAUCUACCUUCGUUUUUGUUCUGCUACAUGCCAAAAGUGUCUACCAAUCCGAUCACACUGUACUGUUAUUCGCGUAGAGCCGCAUGGGAUCUCAUAAGACACAUAGACGACUACAACUACUAUUCCUUGAACCACUUCUGGUCGAAAGCCAGUGGUAACACAUUCGGACGUAGAUCUGCCGAAACGUUCCACCCUCAGCCGUCGAACUGUGUGGACAUUAUCAGACCUUUGAACGGCUGGUCCGGCAUCACCAUUCCGGAUAAGGAAACGCUAGUGACCGACUCCGGUAAACUGUCCGUUUUGGACGGGCUGCUUAAACGUCUGAAGGAGGGAGGUCACAGAGUUCUGAUAUACUCUCAAAUGACCAAAAUGAUCGACCUGUUGGAGGAGUACAUGUGGCACCGGCAUCACAAGUACAUGCGGCUGGACGGGUCGUCGAAGAUCUCAGAAAGGAGGGACAUGGUGGCUGAUUUCCAGGCUAGGACUGACAUUUUCGUUUUCCUGCUCAGUACCAGAGCGGGCGGUCUCGGUAUCAAUUUAACGGCGGCGGAUACGGUAAUUUUUUAUGACAGCGAUUGGAAUCCGACUGUUGAUCAACAAGCUAUGGACCGUGCCCAUCGUUUAGGUCAAACUAAGCAAGUAACAGUAUACAGGCUGAUUUGCAAAGGCUCAAUAGAAGAGAGAAUUCUCCAGAGGGCUAGAGAAAAAAGCGAGAUACAAAAAUUGGUAAUCAGCGGUGGCAACUUCAAGCCAGACACUUUGAAACCUAAAGAAGUGGUGUCUUUGCUGCUAGACGACGACGAAUUAGUACAAAAAUAUCAUCUGAAAGUGGAGGGAACUGGAAAGAACGACGAACCUAAAGAAGACAAGAAACGUAAAAACACCAACCAACAUAAGGGUAACCCGGACGCCAAACGAGUAAAGGUCGAUCCGUGCGUAAUUUCCUCUACACCAGACGGAACCGAUGGAGAAUCGUGGACGAACCAGAACGCGGACAGCGGUCCCAGCAGCCCCAAUCACUCCCAUUCGCCGGACAUGUUCGACGAUGGGGCGCCGUCGAUUGGGGAGUCCUCGUAUCCCGGAUUGUACGAUGACGGUGACUCGUCCAAGUUUUCGGUGUACAACGUGUACGGGUCGGGUGGCAAGCAGCGUACUCCGGGUCGCGGGAACUCGCGAAGGGGUAGGCCGAGGGGGUCCAGGAGUCGGACGGUGAACAGCGUCACCGGGAGGUACAACAAUAGUUCGGCGAAUUCGACCACCAUCCCCGCUGAUUCCCAUGGUCUGGAGGCGGCUUCGUUUUCAUCGAUACAAACAUCGAUUGGUCCCUGUUCGUUUUCGGACGGUUCGUCGAACAACUCGAGCCCGGUGACUCCUGGCGUACGUAGGGGACCGGGCCGGCCCAGGUUGAAGCCUGGCGGUCCGUCCAAUGCGGGCUCCAGGGGGUCGUACAGGCCGAGGAAGCCGGCACGACCCCUGCCCGUACCGUUGCCUUCGGAUGGUGCGAACGCCACCCCCAGCUCUUCUAUGGGCAACAGUAAUCCAUCGUAUUCUAGUUAUAUGUACGAUUUUCCGGAUCAUUCGGAUUCAUAAACUUUUAAUUUUGAUUGUUAAUUAUUUUUUUUUUUAAUUAAAGAAGAUGACACGUC